GUUCAGAACACACGUUAUUUGGCGCGGGCUGUUAUAUAUAUAUUAUCGUUCCACAGCUUCGGAACUCAAGCUCGUACGCAAAAAAGUAGACAUGCGGGUAACGCGGCUGUUCUCCGCUGCCGGCUUUGCCGGGGCUGCCUGGACAGCGACGCCGCUGCGGAGACAGUUCUACAAUAUCGGUAACCCCAACGAGAGCGUGCUGGAGCUGCGCCGCAAACUCGACGCGCAGAUGCGCGAGAAGCUGCCGCGUUUUAAGACAAUCGAAACGGAGAGCCGUCUGAUCGUUCAACUCGCGCGCAGCCAUCAGCCCGACGAGCGGGAGGAGGCGCUGGCGCUUGGCGAGGAAAUGUGGGGGGAGCUGAACGACGAUAGCUCGCCCAUCCCCUUUUCCUCCCGCACGGCCAUGAAGAUAUCCCUCUGCUCCUCGUUGCGCCGCAGUGCGUUGAUGAGCAAAAACAAGGUGGUGGCGGAAAUAUGGACCGUCCGCUUUGCAGAGCGCGCGGCGAUGGUGGCACCGCGGGACUUCGUGGACAGUCCGCCAGCAGACGGGAGGGUUCGCGGCUGGCGUGAGGCACGGGCACAGGCGCGCCCCGGCACCGGGAUCGACGCGGACGACUUAGAAGCGGAUGCCCAGGAAGAUGCAACGGCGGACACGAAGAAGGACGACGCGACCAAGAAGAAGGUGAAGGAACCGACUGUUUUCGAUCGAUUUCGCCAACAAAAAAUGGUGGAACACCCAACGGUGGAGCUGGCCUUUCGACGCAAGCCUGGUCCCGGCCCCCGCUUCACCGGAUAA